AGUAAUUGAUAUGUAUUUGAUAUUUUGAAAAUUUGAUAUCAUUGAACAUUGGUCAAUGGUCAUUGGAUAAUGUCUUACGUUCACUAUGCAACGUCUAUCAAAUAAAUCAAUGUAUCAAACAUCAAUAUUAUUAAAAAAUAGAUAAGUCUCAACAUUUUUAUACUGAUGUGUAUAAAUAUUACAUUUUACUUGUUAUCUAACAUCUAACUAUCUAAGUACUAUUGACACGUUUUCGUGGUUUUGAGUCAACAAUGACACUAAUUAAAAAGUCGAAUAAACCUUUUUAAGAAUUUAAACCAAUAACAAAAUGAAGCUUGUUCAUAAAGACAUUGAAAAGGAUGGAAAAGGGGUCAUUGUACUUAUACCCGAAGAAGCUGAAGACAUGUGGCAAGCCUACAAUAUUAUAAGAAAAGGUGAUCGAAUCCGUGCAUCAACUAUAAGAAAAGUACAAAAUGAAUCAGCUACUGGAUCGUCCACUAGCCAUCGAGUACGAACAACAUUAACUAUUAAUGUAGAGUCUGUAGAUUUUGACACUCAAGCUUGUCUAUUGCGGUUAAAAGGAAGAAAUAUUGAAGAAAAUGAGUAUGUCAAAAUGGGUGCCUAUCAUACCAUUGAUUUGGAAUUAAACAGAAAAUUUACUCUGAUGAAAGAAGAAUGGGAUUCCAUUGAUUUAGGAAGAAUUGAAAUGGCUACCGAUCCAGCACAGACAGCAGAUGUAGCGGCAGUCAUAAUGCAAGAAGGAUUAGCACAUGUAUGCUUAAUUUCUGGCAGUCGGACUAUAGUACGUGCCAAAAUUGACCAAAAUAUACCACGAAAACGGAAAGGAGAUGUUAAGCAACAUGAAAAAGGAAUUUUAAGAUUUUUCGACUUGGUGAUGCAAGCAAUAUUGCGUCAUAUCAGAUUUGAUAUUGUUAAGUGCACAAUAAUUGCAAGUCCAGGUUUUGUGAGGGAUCAAUUUUUUGAAUAUUUGAUGCAAGAAGCCGUAAAAACAGAUAAUAAGACAAUUAUAGAAAAUAAGUCUAAAUUUAUAACUGCCCAUGCAUCAAGUGGAUUCAAACAUUCUUUAAAAGAAGUUCUAUCAAAUCCAUCCAUAGCUGCAAAACUUGAAGACACAAAAGCUUUAGGUGAAUUGAAAGUAUUGGAUAACUUUUACAAAACAUUGCAAUCUGAAUCAACUAGAGCUUUUUAUGGUAUUAAUCAUGUGGAAAAAGCUAAUGAAGUACUUGGAAUCGAAACAUUACUUAUCACUGAUAGUUUAUUUAGGAGUCAGAAUAUUGCUGAGCGUAAACGUUAUGUUAAACUAGUUGAUAGUGUCAAAGAAUCUGGGGGUGACGUCAAAAUAUUUUCAAGCAUGCAUGUAACUGGAGAGCAAUUAUCUCAAAUUACUGGUGUUGCUGCCAUAUUAAGAUUUCCCAUGCCUGAGUUAGAAGACGAUGAAGAAGAAGAAGAUGAUGAUGAUUUGGAUGAAAAUAUACCACUACCACCAAGUUGAUAAAAUGUUUAUUUUCAUAACCAUAUAAAUAUUA